AUAUCUUACCCCGCUGUACUAUACAUUAAAUUAAUCCCUUAUUUUUGAAGAUUCUGUUUUACUAUCUCGUGCAUAUUAACUGCCGAGGUAGAAAAUGGCAGCAUUCCAAAUUUUGUUUUGCUUUCUGCUGCUUGGAUUUCUGCAUGCGUCCGGCCAGACAACAUGCGCUGUACAGCCACCUUCAACAACAACAUUUAAAGCCGUGUUGCUGGAAAAUCUGGUGAAUGUAACUCGCGCGCACUUUGUCAAAAACUCUGUAGGCGCUGAUGGGUUUUCCAAAGUAAAUGCGGAUCAAAAAUACGAACUGUUCGAUCUCUUUGCUGCACGAUAUGAUAACUCGGCUUCCACGCAAGCAUUUCUUGCCGGAUUUUUGGACAUUCUCUAUUCCACGCCGACGCCAACAACAACUGAAUCACAUCUUUCCAAGGUAGUUGAGUUGAUAAAAAUUGGCGACGUUGAUUCGGCGCGAGUUGAAACUCGCAACGCAAUAGCGGCUGGAAUGCGUUCAAACCACAUGCUCAACGCAACAAAUAAAGAUCGAUUGACUAUGGCAGAAGCACACGCUUUGGCUAUGCUGCUGGAUACGAUUUUUAACACCAUUCGUUCAGAAUUAAGCACCAGAAACUUUGAAGUGUAUCUCUCACUAAAAGUCGGCAGCACUCUCGCCUUUGCAAUCGACACCACAGGCAGCAUGUCGGGCGAAAUCAACGCUGCCAAGUCUCGUGUAUCUGCUAUUAUUAACGAAACCACAGGAACGACAGACCAACCGCUUUUCUUCGUUCUCAGUGAAUUCAACGACCCAAGGGUGGGACCGACGCUAGCCACUACAUCACCGACAGCUAUUCUGACUGGUUUGAAUGCCUUGAGAGCAUCGGGUGGAGGUGACGAGCCGGAACUUGCGCUUGCUGGAAUAUAUAAUGCUCUCAUUGCAAGCACCAAGAGAUCUGUCGUUUUCAUGAUCACGGACGCCACGGCAAAAGAUGUAAACUUGGAAACGAGAGUCAUUGCCCAAAGCGUGAUACGAAAAAUCCGGAUUGUUUCCCUUCUCACGAAAAAUCUCCCGUCCGCUGCUGGGUUUCCACUUUACAACCGAAUUUCCUCCAGUUCAGGUGGAUUGGUGACAGUUACGAGCAAGAGUGAUAUUACAGGAACAUCUCAACUGUUCAGGGCAUUAACCGAGCAAGGACAAGUAAAAUUAAAGAUCGCUUUGAACGUAACAGCUCAAAACUCAAGCUUUGUUAUGGACAGUACCAUAACCAGGGUCACUAUUCUGCUAACGAGGACAAGUUUAACAGGAAAUCUUAACGUUGCCUCCAUUACGAAUCCUGCAGGCUCUGUCGGUUUCAAGGAACUCGUCAACAACGAUGGUUUAGUUCUUAUCCAAUUAAACAGUACCGUACCCGGAAAAUACUUCAUUAACUUGGUUGAAGAAAUUAGCUUCUCAUUGGAGGUGUCUGGAUCCAGCGUUUUUGGUGGCCUCCCGACUGUAUUUGAAGUCGAAAACGUAACUGGAGCGUUCGUGCACAAUAAUCAAGCAAGAGCAGGCAAUGAAGCUCAUAUCGUGGUUGACAUGUUCGGGGAUCUCAGGGGAACACAACUAGAAGAUAUUUGUUUGAUGACACCGGACUUUACACUCAUUCAAGCAAUUCCAGUGGCUAGAUGUGGUAACGGUUUAGAAGAAUACAGAACCAUACCAACUUUCACAAUACCAACGCAACCAUUCUUAAUCUUACUUCUUGGGAAAAAUAAUGUGACCGGUGAAAAGUUUCACCGAGUUGAUCCCUGCAUUAUUACGCCCCUGGUGGCCAAUUACCAAAUAGACCCGAUUCCCGACCAAGUUAUUGAUUCCGGUUCAGUUAUCACCGUUUCCACGAAAUUUACUAACAACGACUUGGCAGAUACAUUUACAUUCGAUGUUUCCGAUUCAAGGCAAUACGUCCAAUCCUGGACCCCAGGAAGCGGCGUCACGACUUCUAUCGCAAAGAGUGUAAAUCGCAAUGUUCGAAUCACAAUUAGCGUUCCUAGCACCGCUGAAAACGAUGUUAUCAGUAAAGUAACGGUGAUUGCAACUGCUCAGAAUGGGAAAGAAUUCGUCUUUACUACUUUCAAUGUUAUAGUCAGAAAUGUUAAAGUCGUGAAGUGUCCAACUUUGAUUGCCCCAUCUGGCGGGAGUCUGAGUUGCAGUAAAUUUAACGCUGAGGGAUCCAUAUGCCAAGUUGUCUGUGAACCAGACUAUGUGAUUGACGGUGCUCAACAAACGAACUGCACUAAUGGCUCGUGGACAUUCAACAAUUUAAAAUGCAGAUUUGUCGGCAAAAAACAAUGCAAAGUGUCUGGAGAUCCUCACUACACCACAUUUGAUGGCAAGAGAUAUGAUUUUCAAGGCACAUGUAUUUAUCAAACAGUAAAAACUACAUUCAACUCAACGCGAGGACGUUUAGAACCAUUUUCAAUCUUAGUUGAAAAUGAAUUGAGAUCUAAAUCGUUUCGAAAAGUUUCUUGGUUCAGAAGAGCAUUUAUUGACAUCAAAGGCACAUUAAUCGUUUUCAGAAAACGAAGAAAAAUUUCGGUUGAUGGCAUCUUAGUUAAUGUACCAAUUCAAAUUGAGGUAGACAGUGCGAAUAUAGUGAAUAUUAACCAGCGUGGUAGCCUGGUUGUUUUAACAACUUCGUUUGGGCUUACUAUCACUUACGAUGGCAAUGCAAGAUUCAUUAUCACAUUAUCAGGCUCAUACGCAAACUUAGUAACAGGCUUGUGUGGUAAUAUCAAUGGUAAUGAAAAUGAUGACCUUCGUUUGGCAAGCAAUCAUUCAAUUCUUGCAAAUCCAAAUAAGUUUGGCAAUAGUUACAAAGUGGGUGGAUGGAGUGCAGGGUGUCAGGAUGGAGAUCCUAAUGACGCAGAUGGUAACUGUAUAGAAGCGAACAACUACAGAAAUUUGUGUAAUGUGGUGGAUGGAAGUUGUUUCACUGAAUGUAGAGCUGGGAUUAAAACGCCUGAUAUUGUUCAAGACUGUGUGUUUGACAUGUGUGUUACAUCUGGAGACCUUCAAGCAUUGGAAGAAGCUGUAGCAGAUUAUGCGGAUUCAUGCCAAGAAAAUGGAUUCAAAAUUUGUGACUGGAGAAAAAUCACAAAAACACCGAAAAACUGUCAGCCAAACGCGCAUUAUGAGCACGAGGGAACUGCUUGUCCAAACAGCUGUAUCUUUCCUAACCGAGCUAAAAGGUGUUCCAGACCUAAAAUAUCAGGUUGUGUUUGUGAUAGUGGGUAUGUAUUGUCCGGACAAGAUUGUGUGCGACUCUCACAGUGUGGUUGUACAAGUGCUGGCCGGUAUUAUAAGGAUGGUGAUACCUUCUUGAACACUGACUGUACAGAGCGUUGUACUUGCCGAAACACAAAAUUAACAUGCAAAGCAACAUCCUGUGUGGCAGGAGCAGAAAAAUGUGGCAUUUCACCAACUACACUUGAAAAAACAUGCAUGCCAAUAACAACUGCUACAUGCCGUGCUACAGGAGAUCCACAUUACCGAAGUUUUGACAACAAGAAAUUUGAUUUCCAGGGAAGCUGCACUUACACAAUGGUGAAAACUGUUUCAAUGCCUCCAACCCGGAGUUUUGCAAUUCGAACUCAACAUGAGUUUCGGCCACCCAACAAAAUUGGAACUUACGUUAAAUUUGUUUACAUUGAAUUCAGCACCGCUAGCGCAAAUUUAACGAUUACUUUGGGAAAAUUUAAUGGAGAAUCUUCUGUCUCAGCAAAGGUUGAAAAUUACUUCAUGACCACACAAUAUAUCCGUGACUACAAAGAUAGUCUGUUUACUGUGAAAGUACAAGGAAAGGGACCAGUUGUUAUUUUCUGUGGAGUUGAAGUGAAAUACAAUGGACAUACGGCGAAAAUAACUUUACCAGGAGUAUACUCAAACAAGGUAACUGGAUUGUGCGGUAAUUUCAAUGGCAAUGAAAAUGACGACACCACUACGGCAAAUGGGACGUUUACAACUGAUUUAAAUGAAUUUGGAGUCAGUUUUCAACACGGUACAUGCGGCACACCUAAACCACCUCCACCUUUGGUCUGCUCUGUGGCGGAUAUAGCAAAAUGGAAUUCUACCAAAUUUUGUGGAGUUCUCACUUCUGCUACUUCCAUAUUUGCGGCUUGUCAAGCAAAACUUGACCUUACAACUCUACAGGACGAUUGUGUGUUUGAUAUGUGUGCAAAUAAUGGGGGCCUUUCAUUGUUACAUGAGAUAUUAGCCCUAGCUGUAGAAGAAUGCACACCAAUCACCGGUCCCAUGUGCAACUGGCGAGCAAAUCUAAAUGUUACGAUUCCACCUUGCCCCGCAAAACUCUACCUACCAAGGAUGUACAUCAGCAUGUCCCAAUACAUGUAGUGACCCAGAUUCUGAAGACAAUUGCCCCCUUCCAAGUACAGAAGGUUGUCAAUGCGAUUUCAACCACAUAUGGAAGAAUAAUAAAUGUGUGAGGGAAUCUCAAUGUGGUUGCAUUGCUAAGGGUGUUGGCUUGGUGGAACAAGGUUACAUCAAAACUAAUUCAAAAUGCACU